AUGGCUAGAAACACUGGGAUCACAGACAUCAAGACAAAUGCACAAUAUAAAGGAAUAGUGGGUAAAGCAUUAAUAAAUGGUUUAAAUGAUGAAUUAAGAAUAAGGGUACAGACCACCAACCCAGACUGGAAAGAUAUCUCGGUGGCCGCAUUAAGAGAGGCCAUCAUUAAUCAUGAGCAGAACAUCAGCAAGCACGGGGAAGCAAAGGAGCCUCAGGUCCCUGUGGGACAGUCAUUUAAUGUGUUCAACAUGUUGUCCCUCUUGGUCAACACAAAUUCAAAGCCACUGGAUCCAAUCAUCAUGUACUUGCAGAAGGAUUUCCAAAGAAAUGCUGGUACAUGCCUCUUCAAUGUGUUGCUGGAGAUGAUAAUUUGCCUUGAGGAGUACAGAAACAUCCUGGCAUUUCUCUUUGCUGUUGAUGAAAUUAACAAUGACCCCGAUCUUCUCCCCAAUGUGACUCUGGGGUAUCACAUAUAUAACACUUGUGGGGAUCCAAAGAAUACCUUACAAUAUGUCCUGCAGAUAAUGUCUGGAGAAACAAUGGAGGCUCCUAAUUACUCAUGUAUGGAAUACGGGGAAGUAGCUGGAUUUGUCGGUGAUUCCGGUUUCCAUACAAGUCAUGCGAUGGCGCAGUUACUGAGCCUGUACCAGUACCCACAGAUAAAUUAUGGAACCACCGACCCUGUGCUAAAUGAGAGACAGUUAUAUCCAAACUUUUACCGGAUUGUCCCAGAUGAUCGGGUUCGUUAUACAGCUAUUGUUAGGUGUCUGCUACAUUACGGAUGGAAUUGGGUUGGAGUGAUUACACCAGGUGAUGGUAGCGGGGACAUGGAAUUACAGGUGCUGAGUACAAUGAUGGCAAAACAUGGGAUCUGCAUUGAGUUCCUCAUCAAACUAACUAAUGAUGACAACAUUAACAGAAGGAAAAUGACUGAGAUUGAGAAGCAAACUGCUAGAGUUAUAAUAAUUUGUGGCCUAUUCUCUAUGAAUUUCGGAAAGUUCUUUGACGCAUCAGAAAAUUUAAAUGAAAAUAUCACUCUUAUCCUGCAUGAAUCAGGGACUGAUAUUAUAUAUAUGGAACGUGCCAUCAUUAAACCAGUAAAUUGUAGUUUAAUUUUCAUAUUGUCCCCUAAAAAGAUGUCCCUCAUUAAUGAGAAUAUUAACAACAUUGUACCAUCUACUCAUCCAAAUGAUCCACUAUUGGAAGAUAUCUGGCUCUGGAUUUUCCGUUGUCUUUCCUCAAAUACAAUAAAAAAUGAUUAUUAUCAAUUUGUAUAUCAUUUUUCUGCAGUGAACUGUUCAGGUAAAAGACUUAUUUUACCAUCAUAUCAUGGUAUGAAGAAAACAAAGCCUUACUAUUCCUAUGUGGCAGUAUAUGCUCUGGCCCACGCUGUGCAGAAGAUGAAACAAUGGAAGAGAAGAUCUGAUAUGUCUGCUAUAAGACAAAUACGACACUACAUGAAAAAUCUCCAUUACACAGAUCCCACUGGAGAAGAGAUGAUAUUUAAUGAGAGAGGAGAUCUGCCCUCUAAGUGGUCUUUAGCAAACUGGGUUAUAUACAAGAAUGGCCUUUAUUAUGAGUUUAAUGUAAAACACCUGACCACUUUUGAAGAUGACCAGGUUUACCAUCUGGAACCAGGAAAAAUCACAUGGAAAAAAGGCACGAUCCCCAAAUCUCGGUGCAAUGACAAAUGUUCCCCUGGAUACAGAAAAGCCUCUAAAGGAGGAUUUCAUGUCUGCUGCUAUGACUGCGUUCCAUGCUCUGAGGGAGAAAUGUCCAAUGUUACAGACAGUGAGACCUGCCAUAGAUGUUCCAAUGAAGAGUGGUCGGAUGAGAGAAGAGUGAGAUGUGUUCCCAAAAAAUAUGACUUUCUGACAUAUGAACAGGACAUUGUGGGGAAAAUAUCUACAGUAACAGCUUUAUCUUUCUCUGCUAUAACAUUGUUUAUAUUAGGGAUUUUUAUUUAUUACUGGAACACUCCAAUUGUGAAAGCCAAUAACCGGGCUAUGAGCUUCAUUCUCCUAGUCUCAAUCUUGCUGAGCUUCCUCUGUGUGUUCUUGUUCCUCGGUCAGCCGGUGGAUAUAACCUGCAGGCUGAGACAGAUGUCAUUUGGAAUACUCUUCUCCACAGCUGUCUCUUCUGUACUGGCCAAGACCAUCACUGUCUGCAUUGCUUUCAAAGCCACCAAACCCAGUCCCUGGAGGAAGUGGGUCACACUCAAAGUGUCUAAUUAUGUGGUCAUUGUUUGCUCUUCUGUCCAAGUUCUGAUCUGUAGUGUCUGGCUGUCUGUUUCUCCUCCCUACCAGGAGCAUGACCAUCACUCAUAUAAGGGAAUGAUCAUCAUUCAGUGCAAUGAGGGGUCAGUGAUUGGGUUAUACUCUAUGUUGGGUUACAUGGGGAUCUUGGCCACUGUGAGCUUUGUUCUGGCUUUCAUGGUGAGGACAUUACCAGACAGCUAUAAUGAGGCCAAGUACAUCACCUUCAGCAUGCUUGUGUUCUGCAGUGUCUGGAUUGCAAUGAUCCCAGCCUAUCUGAGCACCAAAGGGAAAUAUGCAGUGGCUGUGGAGAUAUUCGCUAUACUGGCCUCAUGUGCUGGAGUUCUGGGCUGUAUAUUUUUCCCAAAGCUCGUUAUUCUACUUUUCAGAACUGACUUGAACUCCAGGAAAAUGAUGCUGGGAAAGACCAAACCAUAA